AUGAAUUAUAAACUAAAAGUCACGAUUCCUGUUGUUGUAUGCGGUGGUGCCGUUCUUGCAUAUUACCUCAUCAGACGAAAAGCCGCAGCAAUGGUGGACGCCGCAACCAUCGAGAAAUUGGAGGCUGGCUUCAGCAAGCUCCAGGCCUCUGACUCGAAGUCACUGCUGAAGAAAUACCUUACUAAGGAGGUGUUCGAGGCUCUUAAGAACAAGAAGACCUCAUUCGGUUCAACUCUCUUGGAUUGCAUCCAGUCUGGUAUUGAAAACUUGGACUCUGGUGUUGGUAUCUAUGCCCCUGAUGCCGAGGCCUACUCAGUGUUUGCUGACCUGUUUGACCCCAUCAUCGAGGACUACCACAAUGGCUUCAAGAAGUCUGACAAGCACCCCGCCAAGAACUGGGGUGAUGUAGAGACCCUCGGUGACUUAGACCCCAACAAUGAAUUUGUUGUUUCCACCCGUGUCCGCUGUGGACGCUCCCUGGAAGGAUACCCCUUCAACCCCUGUCUAACAGAGGCCCAAUACAAGGAGAUGGAGGAGAAAGUAUCCUCCACCCUCUCGGGUCUUGAAGGUGAACUCAAGGGCACCUUCUUCCCACUCACGGGCAUGUCCAAGGAGACCCAGCAGCAGCUGAUCGACGACCACUUCCUGUUCAAGGAGGGCGACCGUUUCCUCCAAGCGGCCAACGCCUGCCGCUUCUGGCCGACCGGUCGCGGCAUCUACCACAACGAGAACAAGACCUUCCUCGUGUGGUGCAACGAAGAGGACCACCUCCGGAUCAUCUCUAUGCAGAUGGGCGGUGACUUGAAGCAGGUGUACAAGAGGCUGGUGAAUGCUGUCAACGACAUCGAGAAGCGCAUCCCAUUCUCGCACCACGACCGGCUCGGCUUCCUGACCUUCUGCCCGACCAACCUCGGUACCACGGUGCGCGCGUCCGUGCACAUCAAGCUGCCCAAGCUGGCGGCAGACAAGGCCAAGCUGGAGGAGGUGGCGUCCAAGUACCACCUGCAGGUGCGCGGCACCCGCGGCGAGCACACGGAGGCCGAGGGCGGCGUGUACGACAUCUCAAACAAGAGGCGCAUGGGGCUCACCGAGUACGAGGCCGUCAAGGAGAUGUACGACGGCAUCGCUGAACUGAUCAAAAUCGAGAAGUCCCUGUAA